GUAACCUACCUACUUAAAUGUAAGUCUUUUUUUUUCUUUUUCCUUUUUUUUUUUUUUUUAAAAAAAAAGGCUGAUAUUAGCCUCUCUUCCUUUGACUAUAAUUUAUAUCUCGAACAGAGACCCUUUUCAAAAUAUAUUUUCCAUGUCGGCUUUUCGUAAAAUGGUCGAUGCGACGCACGUACCGGGCAAUCUCUAAGGAAUAAUUCAACUAUUUCCAUCAAACCCUUUGACAUCCCGAAAGAGACCGAAAGAGAAGACUUGUCGCCUCGAUCCUCGAUCGCAAUGCCCGCCAUGUUGCGACUCCUACGGUCGCGACCGAAUAUCCUUUCCCUCGCCUCCAGAGUCAACAGGUCGAACCCAGCUUCUCAAACCAUACAUGUGCAUAGAGUCAAUGUCCGACGAAAGUGGUUCAAGCCAAUGAAUUUUAUAUUCGCCGGGUGUAUCUAUUAUAUGUGCUUCCAGUUAUAUACCUCGUCUCUUGCUGCUACAGUCUCCAUGCGACUCCAAGAUGAGGAAGAAGAGGAAGACGACGAAGAUGAAGAACUCGACCCCUUCUUCAUCCCCCUCCCUUUCACCACGAAGAUGGUCCCGUCCAAACCAUACAGAAGCACCGACCCAGAGUGGGAGGCAUUUAUCAAGGUCAAUAAGGACAGGGAGAAAGUGAGGGCCAUUCAGAGUAGCCUUGCCAACUUUGUUCGCACAACUGCUGCAAGAAACCCUGUGCUUAUCAAAAAGUGUGGAGGCGACAUGCAAUUAGGACGGUAUUGGCUUGAUGUACAAUACCCGUCUAGGCCACCGCCGACCUACGUCCGGAGAGGCGUAGUAAUAGCCGACGACGGCAUUUAUGUCACGGAGGAGCCCGUCGAUACCACGACUGUCCUUCGAGUACAACGUGCUCUCUGGCCAGACGUACUCGCUUUGUCAUUAUGGAGUUUUUCGGGUGAAUUGUUAAAGCAGAAUGCUUCGAAUUUUGCCAGGUUAUUUGGAUACAACCCUACCUCACAUUCCGACACCUCCUUCCAACAGGCCAUAGAAAAGCUGAACAAGUCAGCUGAAGAACCCGACUCUAAGACGGCCAAGUCUCUUUCUUCUUCCAAUAUAAAAGGACCGAACAGUUCGUCAGUGGACCCGGCCUCUCCCGUCCAGAAAAGAUCAACUGCGGCAACGCCAGAUGCUAGGCCCUCUGAGGCUUCUUCCGGUUCAGGUGUGGUUCCUAUCAUUCCCGACGCCGAGCCUGGGAAACCCAAGAGCGCCAAAGACAUGUACGGCAUCAAGAUGACCCAAGAACACACCAGCGGGCCUUUGAAUAUGUUAAAACAAACCUUUGUGCAGACGUGGCGACCGAUCCGUGGAUUACCCCCGCGGGGUGCUAUAUACGUCGCCGGGCUCGUGGAAAUCAUAACUCCCCGGGCCAUCAUAACAGUUGAUGUCGCCUCGUGGUGGGAUCCGAAAACGGAGAAGUUUGACAUGAAGACGACCGAUCUUCGUCUCAAGAUGUUACGUAUGAAGACUCAGCGACCUGUAGCGUGAAUCGCGAACCUCACGAAGUAAAUAAGUGUACUUGACAGACAUACUAAACCAGCAUUGUUUGGGGGAGAGGGGGGGUUCACCACGAAAGGUAUGGGACGGGUUCGGUCGGCGUUUAUAGGGUAAAGGGAGGGGAUAGGAUUGAAAACAUAUAUUCCAACUGGGUCGGCAGACAAACUAGGUGCGAUGCAUCGCUGCAUGCAUAUCAGGAGCGUUUGUUAUUAUUUUUUUCGAACAUUCUGCUUCCAAAUGUUUCGAUAUUGGAACUAGAGCGAGCAAGCGAUUUUUAAGAAGGCAUAUCGUUGUUUUUUUUCAACUCUAACUAACGUUA